AUGCUCAAGACCACUCGCAAUCAGCUUUAUCACUGCCAUGUGCAUGGUCGCCCUGACCACGACCUGUUCCUCUCGUAUCGAGUCGCCAUCGAUGCUGCCACCGUCCAAUCCCUCAAGGAGGUGCUGGUGGCUGUUGCCAAGCGCCGUUAUGGCCAACCCCUCGCCGUCUUCCACGACAUCGACUGUCUGCGAGACGCAAAGAAAUGGAAGGACGGUUUCCUCGGCGCUCUUCCCCGAAGCAAAGUCUUUGUCGCUGUGAUCAGCCAAGCAUCGCUCGAGUCCAUGGUACAGAAAGCCGAGUCUGACGAGGAGGACAAUGUUCUGCUUGAGAUAAAGACUGCCCUCGACCUCGUCGAGUCAGGAGUCGAUAUCUCGGUGAUGCCCCUUUGUGUGUCCAGCCUCGUGAAGGAUGCUGAUAAGGACGUGUGGAUCGAUUUUCAGCCAUACCGAGCCACCAUCCCCGACGACUCCAAGUUCGACACCCCUCGAGCCGUCCUGAAGGGAUUGUCCGACAUCCAGAUGUUUGGCAUUCGUCCUGACCAGAUUUACAGGCGAGUCUAUCGUCUACUCAAUCUGCUCCACCCGUUGCAAGUGAAUGAUGGCACUCGCCAGGUCCUCGACUCGCUCUUCUGCGACUCCAAAUUCCGAUUCGAUCCCAUCCACCUCGACACCCUGCUCAAGCAACUCACCCUGACUGGCCGCGCCGUCAUCUCUGGCAUGGGUGGCAUGGGCAAGUCCGUCCUGGCCAUCCAGCUCCUCCAUUUCAUGAUGGGCAUUUGA